GCAUCCCAGAACAUGCGUCGUGUCGUGUCUCUGGUCUCGUCGUCUCUGGUCUGCCUGCCUCUUCAUCUUUUGGAAUGCCCAAGUCCUGCAGGCCACAGCUCUGCCUGUGACUGACAGACUGGACGACACCGAAAUACAGACUCCUCCACUGCUAUGGUCUCCAGUCACUAGCGUUCAAUGGAGUGCUCUCUAUAAUCCAUGCCGUCAUCUCUGUUGUAACACAGCUUCCUCCCUCUGCUCCGUGCCCUCCGCCCGACCCGACACAUCACCACCGAGCCUAUCCGCCGACUCGACACCCACGAAAUUAUACUAAGAACUGAAUUUGGUCCCUUGACAACUCUUCACCCAACUGUGGCCCCACCGGCCGGAAGCAUCUUCCGACCAUGGACGGAGGCGGAUCUUGCAAGGCGCCCUCCGGCCAAGACUCGUGGAGCCCCUUCGGCCUCAGCCCUACGAGUGUCGCCCUGCUCGCUCUACCCCUCGGCUUGAUACCACUCUUCAUCCUUUUCGGAAUACCCGCUAUAUGGCAGGCCCUCGGGUCAGUGGGCGGGACAUACCUGCGGAACAAGACAGAUGGCCGGAGAGCACAGCUACUGGAGGUCAUGGCCGAGGAUGAGAAGAGCUACCGCAGCAAUGGAAAGGCGGGGGACGAUCCGGAAGAGGAGUUUGAGAAGGGAAAGAAGGACAUAUGGAAGAAGAUUGAGGCAUCCAUACAGGGCAAGCUGCCCAAGGGCGACAAGACAGACAAGGAGUGGUCGGGCAUCAUAGGAUUCUUCCAUCCUUUCUGCAAUGCUGGUGGUGGAGGUGAGCGGGUGCUCUGGGCCGCCAUUCGAGCUACACAGAAGGUGUGGCCCAAUGCCAAGAUUGUUGUGUACACUGGCGACCACGAAGCUUCAAAGGAGCAGAUUCUAGGUCGAGUGAAGGACCGAUUCAAUGUGCACUUGCACGCACCGAGCAUCCAGUUCCUCUAUCUGUCCACUAGGCAUUGGGUCCUAGCAUCCACGUGGCCGCGCAUGACCCUUGCCGGCCAGUCAUUUGGGUCUCUGAUUCUAGCAUGGGACGCCUUCUCCCUGCUGGUCCCAGACAUCUUCAUCGACACCAUGGGGUAUGCUUUCUCGUUGGGCCUGAGUAAAUGGUUAUUCAAGAACGUACCGACCGGUGCCUACGUCCACUAUCCCACAAUAUCCACCGACAUGCUGGAAUCGCUCGACCCGGAUUCCCCGCUCGGCUCUCAAGGCGUGAACGCAGGCCAGGGAAAAGGUCUCAGGGGCACGUUGAAACGCAGGUACUGGCAGCUGUUCGCAAAGAUAUACGCCAUGAUGGGCGCCACCAUCGACGUGGUCAUGACCAACUCCAGCUGGACCCAGGCGCACGUCACCUCGAUCUGGGGGCCCGGCCGCAGGGAAGCCCACAAGACCGAGCCCAUCGCAACGGUCUACCCGCCCUGCGCCGUGGAAGAGCUCGAGGAGGAGGUAGAGGUGUCAGCAGCGAGCGAGGCGAAGCGGCAGAAGAACCUGCUGUACAUCGGGCAGUUCCGGCCGGAGAAGAACCACCCGCUGAUCUUGGAGGCGUUUGCACAGUUCAUCAAGGGCGGCAGCGAGGCGUCGAAGGGCGCGCGGCUGGUGCUGGUGGGCAGCGUCCGCGACGACCAGGACUCGAAACGCGUGUACAAGCUGCGGCUGCUGCUGCGCGAGCUCGGAGUCGACGGCCGGGUCGACUUCCAGCUGGACGCGUCGUGGACCGACAUCCUGGGCUGGUUAGGUAGGUCACACGUGGGUGUCAACGGCAUGUGGAACGAGCACUUUGGAAUCGGCGUCGUCGAGUACCAGGCCAGCGGGCUCAUCUGCGUGGUCCAUGACUCUGGCGGCCCCAAGAUUGACAUCGUCAAGGACGUGGGCGGGCUGCCUACAGGAUUCCACGCCACCACUGCCGCCGAUUUCGCCGCCGCCUUCGAGAAGGCCCUGACCGUGGAGAACCCACUCGAGAUGCGCCUGCGCGCCCGGGAGUCGGCAUGGAGGUUCAGCGAGGGCGAGUUCGCGCGCAAGUGGAUCGAGCAGACGGCCAAGCUGGUGAACAUGACGAAGCACUAGGCCGCAAAAGACGCCCAAGCUGUAGAUGAAGCGCAAUAACGCAAAGAAGGACGAACAUGUGGCGGGCGCUUUGUCCGGUGAGCCGCGACAGUGUAUUUUGGGGGAGAUCGUGUGUACGUGUUCUUAUUGAUGGGGAGGAAAAGGAUAUAGUGAAAAACUUGCAUCAGGUGAUACCCCCUUAUUUCUCACUCUGUGUAUCUCACAAUGCAUCGUGGGCGCAAUCCAUGUUUAGUUACAUUUGUUUAGCUGCGUUAGAUAUUGGAAUGUACAAAAAUUAGAGGA